GAAGCCCUAAUUAUUUGGUUCGGCGAUUUCUCUUUGCAGCCUUCCUCUAAGCGGCCAACGGCGAGCUCGGGUGGGUACCUGUAGGCGGAGCUGCAGCUCUCUGCGGCAGAUCCGUGGCGGUGAGCGGCCUCUCUGAAACAGCUCAACCGGAUGUCGAUGAAGGACGCCAUAAAGGACAGGCUCACUGUGCCGGACAAUGUGCAGUGAGUGGUUCGAAGUCUCAGGGGGCCUCUUGAUCAAUCAUCAUCCGACGCCAAUACAACUUUUAGCUCACGCUUUAGCCAACUCUCCAAGAUAAUUAGUUUGCUAUUUUUGGAGAGACAAUUCACCUGCAAUUUGUAUACAAAAAUACUAAUUAAUCAUUUUGAAUAGUAUUACUAGUCAUAUAUUGAUAGUUUUGUUUUGGUGUUCAUAUAUGUAUAAAUCCCUUCUUCCUCGUAAGAAUGCCCGCUCUGUUUCAUUGGAUGGCCGAGAUGGGCCCCGUCUGGACCCCAUGUUAUCAAUGCAAAGUGUAGGCCGUAAGGAGCUUCGACCGCCUUCUCCCAUGGCGACCCUUCUCCAAGCCCUACACUUCCUCGUCGUCUAGGGUUUCGUCCUCUCCCACUCCCGCGGCUUGCAAGGAUUUGUGGGCUUAAAGGAUCUUGAGCUCGAACCGAUAUCUUGGCAGGAGUUGUGGCUUCUAUGUGGCAACGAUGGCUCCAGCAGUGGAACGUCGGGAACAUAAACGGCGGGUCUCAUCUGAUAGGUCUAGUUCUCCCGUUAGAGAUCGUCGUUCCCCUCGUAGGAGGACCUCUCCUCGAAGAGAAAGAUCGCCUGCUCCUCGGAAGAGCUCUCCUAGAGCUAGGUCACCGGCUAGAACUAAUAGGGCUCGCUCUCCGGUCAAAGAAAACGUGCACGAUCGCGCUAGGUCGCCUAAACGUGAGCGGCAGCAUUCACCGGUCAAGGGUAGUGCCCCACGCUCACCAUCACCACGAACCAAGCGCUUAAAACGAGUUCAUGCUGAACGGGAGUCUGAGAAGUUAGCAGAUAGAGAGCUCAGGAGGCAUUCAGGCAGGGAAGAUCAUGAUAAGGGGAGGUACAAAGAACGAGGGGAGAUCAAUGAUAUUUCAAGGGACAGUAAAUCAUCGAAAGAGAAGAAUGAUAGUGUUCCAUCAAAAUAUUCAAGGCGUGAUCAUUCAGAUUCCCCAGAGGGACGAAGCCAUAGGAGCAGAUACGGUUCCCGCUCCCCUACCAGACCUCCCAAGGCUGGUGCACGUGAUGAGGUGGGGAUAAAACCGAAGACGGCAGAAUACGAAUGGGGAGAUGAAAAUGAUUCAGUUGCAAAGAUGAAGGCAGCUGAGCAGGCCCUGGAAGUGAAAGAAAAGCAAAAACCAUCAUUUGAGCUGUCCGGGAAGCUUGCUGAGGAGACUAAUCGAGUUAGAGGUGUAACUUUGCUAUUCAGUGAACCGUCGGAUGCUCGCAAGCCAGAUGUAAGAUGGAGAUUAUAUGUUUUCAAGGCUGGGGAAGUGCUUAAUGAGCCUCUUUAUUUGCACCGACAAAGUUGCUACCUUUUUGGUAGAGAAAGGAGAGUGUCAGACAUUCCAACAGAUCAUCCAUCUUGUAGCAAACAGCAUGCUGUUAUUCAGUAUAGGCUUGUAGAGAAGGAGGAACCAGAUGGUUUAAUAUCAAAAGAAGUAAGGCCUUAUCUGAUGGACCUUGGGAGUACAAAUGGGACUUUUAUAAAUGAUAAUCGCAUUGAGCCGCAACGGUAUUAUGAACUUUUUGAAAAGGAUACGAUUAAGUUUGGUAAUAGCAGCCGGGAAUAUGUAUUGUUACAUGAGAACUCAGCCGGGUGAGUGCUCUCUCUCGGGUUGGAAGGAAAAUUCCCAAGACAAGCAUGUGUUGACUGCACGCAAAGGAUAUUCCAAGUAGUCGAAGUUGCUGCAUGUGGUCAACAACUAGUUUAGAGCACCCAAAUGCUUCUGUUUUGGUCUUAGUGGUGGCUUAACCGUAUUGGGUUUGCAAAAUUCAUAAUGCUUUUAAUGUGCACUAUUGUGAUCAUUCCAAGAUCUUCUUCGGAUGAGCUAAUUUUAUACUUGAGAGGAAAUGAUGCUGACUAUGCUUCUCCAAUGCCCUCCUCUGUAAGUCGCAAUGUGGUUAGAAAAUUUUCACAUUUUCAAUCUCA